GGGGUAGUGGCUUCAUAAGGUGUUUAGUAACAAAAAGCGGCCUACUACUCUUCAAAACUUUCACGUUUUGACGCAACUACAGAUCUACACUUUUUUUUCCCCAAUCUUCAACGCGUUUUCACGUCCGCCACUUCGUCUGACUUGACCAUAACAGCAAAAGAGUUUACGAGAGCGCGCAGUAUGGUCUCAUCCCCGCGACCUUUACCGAACCAGUUGGCGGCGUUGCUGGCUUCGGAGCUCGCUCGAAGAGAUAUUUUUGGCCGGAACAUUCUACAUUUACUCGUCCUUUUUGACAAACCUGACCUCCUAAAGAACUUGCUCAAGAACCCCAACGUGACAACGGCGUUUUUGCUUUCCCUGGACGAGGAAAACCGCUGGAAUGUGCUCCACUACUGUAUCGCGCAUGUCCGGUUGUCUGCCCUCAAGCAGGUGAUAAAGAAGGCUCAAGGGACCCGAAACACGCUAGAGAGUUUGCUCUCAGCCAAGGACGGCGAUGGGACAACGCCAAUGGAGUUGCUAGAUACCGAUUGGGUCGGCUGGAAAAGCGUUCCAACGCGGAUUUCCAGCUCUAUCCAGCUCCAACCAAGAUUCAAAAGCCCCGACGGAACUUCGAUCAGACGACGCGGGAGAUCCAAGCGAGAAUGGUUUCGGGGAGGGACCGAUUUCUUUGUAUUUGGGCUGAACAAGAAUAGCAAUUUGGGGUUAGGCAAUGCCGACGACCGGGCCGUUCCGGUUUUGGUGAACCAUCAGGAUUUUAAGACAUCUCAUGAUUUGUCUAAUGCGCCUCAUAUUUCCAGCACUUCUUCGUCUCAUAGUCUAUCGGCCAAGUUUAGCAGGCCCCGGUUUUCAGACGUCAAAAUGUCCCAGAAGUUCAGCGUGGUGCUCACUACAGUCGGUACUGUCUUCACUGCCGGUGCCCCCUCUCGGGGGCGCCUUGGAAAUGGUGACUCCCAGGUACCCCAGUUCAGCUUUGCUCCAGUGAAAUUCUUCACCAAGCCCGUCUCAGCAGUUGAAAUCAGCGACGACCACUGCGUGGCAUUGUCUCAGGGGGAGAUCUACGCCUGGGGCUCCAACUCCCAUGCCCAGCUCGGCUACCUGGAGCCAAACCGAUCCGAACACUCCAGUGAGCCACGGAGGGUCAUUUCCGGCGACAUCAAGAAAGAGGCCGGCUUUAUUGGCGUGGCAGCGUCCAAUGUCCAUUCGGUGGCGUACACCAAAAACGCCAUCUAUAGCUGGGGCCUCAACUCUGGCCAGAUGGGUAUCCCGCUUGAAUAUACACAGAAACACAGAGCCAUACAGGGACCUAAGCGGAUGGACUUCAAGUAUGGUGAGAUUAAGAGUGUGGUUGUGACUCCUGAUCUGAUGCUUGUGCUCACCCCUUUCGAUGUCCAUCUCUACUCCCACUUUUCCCACCAGCGGCUCGCUAUUCCCUGCGCCACAAACAUCGACAAAACCUUUCAUAUCUUCAAGCCCGGAAGAUUGACUGCACGGCGGGAAAUUGCCAAAAUUGCCGCCCACUCUAGCCACGUGUAUGUACUCUUUUCCGACGGGGAUAUCCUUUCGUUUAACAUGGUCAAGACACGCUUCCACACCGUGUGGAAGAGCAAAAACGACCAUCGGAGAGUGGUGGAUAUGGCGUGCUCAGGCGACGGUGGCCUUAUCUUAUGCACCCAGGACGGGGCUACGUGGCUCCGCCAUCCACAACUGACCAAGUUUACCAAGCUUGCCGUGGUUAACAACGUUGUACGGGUGUUCUGCGACCCUCAGUUUGUCAGCUUUGGCUGUCUCAGAGAAGAUUGGGGCGUUUUACCGGUGGAAGUCUCCCAAAGCGACUUUUCAAACGACUUUAGCUACCUCUCUCCAUUACAUGGAUUCGACCCGGAGCGGAUCUUGACCCGCGGUCCCGUAACGGAUACCUACACCGAUUUUGUGGGUGAAGCCAAUGGUGCUGAAGUGGAAGAUCAGUUGUACGCGAUGAGAGGCCCGAAGCAACGACCGGAGAAGACUUUCCGCAAGGUGGACGAAGGUGCCAGAGAGGCUUUGCUUUCGGAUGAAGCUUAUUUGCGGUGGUUCUACCAGUCAAGCGGCUUUUCUGCUAAGGGCUAUGACUGCUGGUUUGCCAUAGAUGGAGUCCGGGUAGGAGUUCACAGGUGGGUAAUGGAGGCAAGGGUCCCAAACAUUGUUGAGUUGGAGGCUGUGGGAUACGAUCCAGCAACCAGAACUUUUAACUUGGGAACCGUGAAAUUACUCAGUUUGCUUGUGUUGAUCCAUUUCAUCUAUACCGACCAAAUUUUGGCCGUGUGGGACGACUUGGAAAGGAAUGGCGUUAAGGCAGAGUUUUAUCGUAUAGCAGAGAGGUUUGGGCUUGUCGAUAGAGUGGGAAGGGUUCGGCUGGAGCUUUCGUUCCCUCAGGCUAUACAGCGUCUUAUGGAAAGGUCCAUGGGCGAGUCUACCGAAUCAGAAUUUCCGGAAGGGCCUAAUGCAGGGCCAGAUACAUUUUCAGCCCUCUCAGAGCCUCGGGGAUCAAAAGCUGUGGUGAAGAUUCUCUUGCUGGAUGGCCAUCGAGCCUGUUUUGCCCCGCUUCUCGCCGCCCGCUGCCUCUACUUUGAAACAUUACUCAAUCGAUGGAGUAGCCGUGACAUUCUGCUCAGCCACAUUUCUACCCAGCAAUUCGACGUGAUCUUGAGACACAUCCACGGCCACGACCCGUUCACGCUCUUCGACCACUUGGCCCCCCAGUUCAGCGGUUCCCACGACUGCAUCAACUUCUUAUUGGAGUUGACUGACGUUGCCGACGAGUUAAUGCUUGGCGAGUUGAAGGAUAUUUGCCAGCUCACAGUGAAGGAUUACAUAACCUUGGAAAACGUGACCCUUGUGUUCAAGUACAGCGUGGAUUUACAAGCGGAGAAGCUCAUGUUGGAGUGUCUCUGGUACAUUUACAACAACGCGGAGGUUUUGAUUAUGGACGACCACUUCCUCCUGGAGUUGAAUGGAGAGCUUCUUGGACUUGUGGAGCGGAGCAUAGGCCAGCUCAGGCGGGGCCUUGCCAACGGAGAGGCCUAUAGCAUCGACUUGCUGGUUAAACCAGGGGUAGACGAUGGGUUGAUCCAGAACUUUCUCACCGAUAUCCGAGCGUUCAAUCUCCACUACAUCACAAACGACCACAACUACAGCUUUGUGCCGGUGGCUGCUGUGAGUGUCGUUACCAAGGGCGCCAGCAAGCCCAAAAACCGCCGUCGAAGCUCCAACAGGGGGUCGGUUUCCAUGCCCGUCAAGCCGGUAGUGGUGAGAAAGCCGUCCGUUAGCCAACCGGAUCACUUUUCUCCCACCUUUGAAGAUGACGUCCCUACGGAAUCUCGUCGCGAUUCGAUGAGAAAGUCCGUAUCUCCUCCGUUGGGCGCCUCCUUUGCUUCUGUGAAAAGCCCGCCUGGGAUCAACGGACAGGUGUGGGGGUACACCCCAGAGACCUCUGUAAAUAUCCCCUCUGGUACCAGCGAAAAAGCAUGGGGAAGGGUACCGGCUCCAGAGUGGCCGCCCGUCCUUGGGGCUCUCCCCACCCCUACCCCAUCCCCAGUGCCGAUCAAACCAAAGGCUAGUUCCACCCCCCGGUUGUCGCAAAAGGAAAGGUUGAAGAAUAAGAAGAAUGUCAGUGAGGUUACUCCAGAGCUAAUUCCCGCGACUAAUCCAUGGUCGAGAAAGCCGAGCUCCACCUCUGUGACCCCCUCACCUGUUACCACCCCCAGAGGAGCCUCACCUGUUCUCAGAAAAGCUUCCUGGGGCCCUUCUUCGAGCCUGAGCUCCAAUCAGAACUUCCCGUCACUUGCAUCUCCAGCCGGUACCCUGACUCCGUCGUUGACGGAGAUUAUCUUGCAAGAGCAGGACAAGGUUGAGCGGCUUCAGCAGAAACCCACAAAGACGUUGGCGGAGAUCCAGGAGGAAGAAGCGUUCAACCGGUGGUUCGAGGAGGAGAGCAGACGCGUUCAGCAGGAAUUAGAUGCCGUGAAUCAGCUCGUGACAGGGCCUGACAAGAAUAGGAAGCCAAAGAAGAAGGCGAUUAAGGCUAAUGGGAAAACGAGGAGGGUCUCGAGCCUGUGAGAAAAAGGUUAAAUAAACCCCAUUGUUAUAGAAGUACGGUCUUGUAUUAUAUAGUUGAGAGCCAUCGCGGUGUAUAUAUACUCUGUGCGUUAGAAGGGGUGCUUUGAAAGGUGAAUUGGUUCAAAGUCCAUCGGCAUAGUUCUGGUAACAAUGCAUGAGCCCACUUCCUAUGGUCUUAAUACCUUGGAAUAGAUCCAAGAAAUUUAUUCCGUGGUGCUACUUGGACUACAAAGGUACAUAGACUCGAGGGUACGAUAUACCUAAUAGGUAAUAGUGGAUACUGUUAGCUAGCUAAAG